AAUGUGUUGUAUAUGGUGGUAGGUGAAGGAUCUUGAGAGGCAGGAGAGCACUCCACGCUCUUCUUCUCUUCUCCUAUAACACUCCUCGUUCUCUUCCUCACUCCCCCUUUCUUAACAAACCUUCCCCAUCAUUCUCAUCUCACAACACUCUCAAUUGAAUUCAACAUGAGAACUCUUCUACCUUCCUCUCCUCACAAUCCAAUGCUCCGAUAUUCCCAAACUCCCGCCUCGCGGAGACGCUUCAUACACUGCGGCAAGAGAUCCGACUCUCCCGCCAUUGGUUCAAGCAGAUCAGAUUGGCAAAGCUCCUGCGCCAUUCUCUCCAGCAAAGUCGUCUCUCAGGAACAAUCCGAAAAAUCUCUCCUCUCCUCCGUUAACGGCCACACCAACGGCUCCGCGUCUCUGAAUCUCGUACCGUUCGAUGACGACACCUCGUUGGCUCCUCCGAAUCACAAGAACAAGACGGCGACGCCUCUCAGCAUCACGGAUCUAUCUCCCGCUCCGAUGCACGGAUCCAACCUCCGAGUCGCGUACCAAGGCGUCCCCGGCGCUUACUCCGAAGCCGCCGCGGGUAAAGCCUACCCUAACUGCCAAGCCAUCCCCUGCGAUCAGUUCGAAGUCGCGUUUCAGGCCGUCGAGCUCUGGAUCGCGGAUCGCGCGGUUUUGCCCGUGGAGAACUCUCUCGGAGGAUCGAUUCAUCGGAACUACGAUCUCCUCCUCCGUCACCGUCUCCAUAUAGUCGGCGAGGUUCAGCUCCCCGUUCACCACUGCCUAUUGGCUCUCCCCGGCGUGAGAAAAGAGUUCCUCACGCGCGUCAUCUCCCACCCUCAGGGACUCGCUCAGUGCGAGCACACGCUCACGAAGCUCGGCCUCAACGUCGCGCGUGAGGCGGUUGAUGACACCGCCGGAGCCGCGGAGUUCAUCGCCGCGAACGGCGUGCGAGACACCGCGGCGAUAGCGAGCGCGCGCGCGGCGGAGAUCUACGGGCUGGAGAUACUCGCGGACGGGAUCCAGGACGACGCGAGUAACGUCACGCGGUUCGUUAUGCUGGCGCGUGAGCCGAUCAUACCGAGGACGGACCGGCCGUUCAAGACGAGUAUAGUGUUCGCGCACGAGAAAGGCACGUGCGUUCUGUUCAAGGUGCUGUCGGCUUUCGCGUUUAGGAACAUCAGCUUGACGAAGAUCGAGUCGAGGCCUAACCAUAAUGUUCCCAUCAGGCUUGUCGACGAGGCUAAUGUCGGGACGGCUAAGCAUUUCGAGUAUAUGUUUUACGUUGACUUCGAGGCUUCGAUGGCGGAGGCGCGUGCGCAGAACGCCCUCUCUGAGGUGCAGGAGUUCACGUCUUUCUUGCGUGUGUUGGGGAGUUAUCCGAUGGAUAUGACUUCUUGGUCACCAUCGCCGCCGCCGCCUUCUUCGUCGUCAUCUACAUUUUCAUUGUAACACUAUAUAAUGGUACCACGUAAAAUCAUUGGGAGUAAAGUUUAUAUAAAACUUAUUUCGAAGAGACGAAAAUAUCAAUAAGUUUUUGGGUGCAUUGUUUUUGAUAAGUAUUUUUUAUUUAGCUCAUUGUAAUUGUAGUAACUUGUCAUUUUUCACUUUAUUGGUUGAUUGAUGAUGGAUCUCUGUUUUGAGAA